AUGUCUAUGAACAUGUAUUUGGCUGUGGCUUUACUAAUUAAUAAUUUAGGGCUAUUUAUACUGGAAAUAAUAGCAUAUCAUGCAUGUCAUUCAGUUGUUAUGCUAUUGGAUGGUUAUUAUCGUCUUUGUCAAGCAAUUUUAUGUACUGUUCGAAUUUUAUCUUUGAGAAUUCAAUUUACUUAUACACCACGAUAUACAUAUGGGUUAGCUAGAGUUGGUGUUGUUGGCGAACUAAUUGCCUUCAUUAGUUUUUUUUCAUUAUCUAUUUCCGUAUUUAUGGAAAGUAUUAAACAUUUAAUUGAUGUUGUUUUUGUCAUACCAAAACGUGAAAAUAGUUCGGUAAUAUUCACCGCUCAUGGAGAUGUGUUGAUUACUGAUACAUUACCUGUUGGUCAUUCGAUACUGCAAGUACUUAGCAUGUUACUGGGUCCAUUUGUUAUUUUGAUUAUGGGUUUGUUAUUGAUUGUUUUAUCAGUAAAACCCGACUAUAAUAAACGACGACUUAUCUAUGGUCGACUGGUAGAUCCAAUUGCUUGCGUUAUACUUUUCCUAUUUUAUUUACUUAUGAUUAUUGGACCAAUUAAGGAAAUAAUACAUCUUGUUUUGCAAGCAAAUCCGAAAGGACUUAAGUCUGAUCAAAUCGAAACAACAUUAAAACAAGCUAUACCUGGUAUCUUGAAAAUUCAUGAAUUGCAUGUAUGGCGUUUAACACCACAGAAAACAUUGGCAACAAUUCAUAUUGUUUUCAAUACGACAGAAGAGAUACAAGAAAAAUAUAAAGAUAUUAAUUUAGUGUUUCAAGCACUCAAUAUCGAUCAUGUGACGAUUCAACCAGAAUUUUAUGCCAUAACCAACGUGUUUUUCGUUUUAUUGCUAUUGAUUGUUGAUUGGGUGGCAAUCCUGACUGCAAAUAAAACUGAAAGAAUUGGUUGUCUUUAUCAAUGUUCAAAUCAAGAUCAAUGCGCGUCACUAAAAUGUUGUAAAGAUGCAUCAGCUGACUCAACUACACCUUGUCUUGACCACGCAUCACUACUCUUUCCUCGUCGAAGUGAACCGUGCUUAGAUAAAAUAGGCAAUACGAAUGAUGAUGAAAAAUUAACGACAGAAGCAAGUGAAACAUGUGUUGAGCAUUUGGACCAUUCAUAA